UUUUAUUUUUUUUUCAGUGAGCUGAGGUGUCAAAGUGAGAAAAGUGGUCCACUGAAAAGAACUACGCCGCACUAUUUUAUCUCUCCUUUUCUCUCGUUCCUUCUUCAGGAGCUAUUCGCUUAAGAAGCAUAAACUCCACUCCCUCUCCUCUAUUUCUUUCUCUACCACAUAUCUCUUUCAACUUUCAAAAAAGAAAAGGGGGGGCAUCAUGGCACUCGUUUCGCAGGCAGGUUCAUCAUACGGCAUCCAGACAGAAAUGGUUCGGAGUAAAGCUGGGCAGAUUUUUAAUUUGUCAAGCAAUUUGGAGGCAUUGCGAAUGAAGGAAAAUCUUGCUGGUGGUUUUUCUUCCUUAUCAUGUACUUCUGCUAAAAAGACAAAUAUUUUGCAUAUGGAUUCUGCAAGGUUAGAAAGGAAGAGGGGGAAUCAUGUGGUUGUUGCUGCGAGUCCUCCAACAGAUGAUGCUGUAAUUGCAGCAGAGCCACUAACAAAAGAGGAUCUUGUUGCGUACUUAGCCUCUGGAUGCAAGACUAAGGAGAAUUGGAGAAUAGGGACUGAACAUGAGAAGUUUGGCUUUGAGUUUGGCUCUUUGAGACCUAUGAAAUAUGAGCAAAUAUCAGAGCUGCUUAAUGGGAUAGCUGAGAGAUUUGACUGGGAUAAAGUAAUGGAAGGUGACUACAUUAUUGGGCUUAAACAGGGCAAGCAAAGCAUUUCCCUGGAGCCAGGAGGUCAAUUUGAGCUUAGUGGUGCACCUCUUGAAACUUUGCAUCAAACUUGUGCUGAAGUCAAUUCACACCUUUAUCAGGUCAAAGCUGUUGCUGAGGAAAUGGGGAUUGGAUUCCUAGGAAUUGGGUUCCAACCGAAAUGGGAACGUAAAGACAUACCUGUUAUGCCAAAGGGAAGAUACGAGAUUAUGAAAAAUUACAUGCCCAAAGUGGGUACACUAGGACUUGAUAUGAUGUUCAGGACGUGCACUGUACAGGUUAACCUAGACUUCAGCUCAGAAGCUGACAUGAUCAGAAAAUUUCGUGCUGGUCUUGCGCUGCAGCCUAUAGCAACGGCCCUUUUUGCAAAUUCACCAUUCACAGAAGGGAAGCCAAAUGGUUUUCUCAGCAUGAGAAGCCAUAUUUGGACAGAUACUGACAAUAAUCGAGCUGGCAUGCUUCCCUUUGUUUUUGAUGACUCCUUUGGGUUUGAGCAGUAUGUUGAUUAUGCACUUGAUGUCCCAAUGUAUUUCGUUUAUCGGAAAAAGAAGUAUAUUGAUUGUACUGGGAUGACCUUCCGGGACUUUCUGGCAGGAAAGCUUCCAUGCCUUCCUGGAGAACUGCCAACACUUAAUGACUGGGAGAAUCAUUUGACAACAAUAUUUCCUGAGGUCAGGCUGAAGAGAUACUUGGAGAUGAGGGGAGCUGAUGGAGGACCUUGGAGGAGAUUGUGUGCUCUGCCUGCAUUAUGGGUAGGUUUGUUGUAUGAUGAGGUUUCACUACAAAACAUAUUGGACAUGGUAGCUGAUUGGACCCCGGAAGAAAGACAAAUGUUGAGAAAUAAGGUCCCAAAGACUGGUCUAAAAACACCAUUUCGGGAUGGAUUGCUCCGUCAUGUUGCAGAAGAUGUUUUAAAGUUGGCGAAGGAUGGCUUGGAGAGGAGAGGGUAUAAGGAGGUAGGGUUCUUGAAUGAGGUAGCUGAGGUGGUUAGAACAGGUGUAACACCUGCCGAGAAGCUACUGGAGCUGUAUCAUGGGAAAUGGGGACAGUCCAUUGAUCCCGUUUAUGAGGAGCUACUCUACUGAGUACUGAGGUGAAUCAGAUUCUUGUGGACUUUAGAAUCUUCUUCGUGUAGGCCUCAUUGAUCUAGAUUUAAGCUGUUUUCCUUUUGUGGUUGCUGACACAUUGUCUCGGAUGAAUAAAGUUGUGUUGUAAAAUCUUCACCCCUCAGGGCACCUAUUGUAGUUGUCAGCCAGAACAAACAUGGUUCAGGUUGUGUAACAACAAGUGAUUAUCUGAAUAAUCAAACCUCUUGACAUUUUUAGUCCGAACUUACUGUAGUGGACAACUGAUCAUGUAAGUUUUCUUGCUGAACAAAAAAGUACCAGUUCGAAUAUAACACCUUGUGGUGCAAUAUUCAUACAAUAAUAAAUGUUUUAUUUUCUC